AUGUCAGUACAGGGUCAGAAGUCAACGGAGGGUCGGGUCUGGUCCACUCAACACCACAGGAUCCACCCUAGUGCUGACACCAUACUCCACCAUAACCAGGGAAUGGAUAACAUGUCAUUCGGGACGGACGGGUCUGAUCCCCUGGGGGUUAAUGGCACCGCCAAUGGUUUAUCGUCUGACGGGAAGCGGAAGGCGCCUCAAGACCCCGAUAAGGUGAUAGCGGUCUUGGGGUCAGGGGACUACGGGCGAGCCAUCUCUCGUCGGAUGGUCAACUCUGGCGUGACUGUGUACAUUGGCUCCAGGGAUCCCAACAGGAGCAAGAUUAAGAAUCUGGUGAGGCAGACGGGGGCGGUGCUGGCGGCGCAGGAGGUGGCUCUAGCGGCAGCCAAGAUGGUGGUGGUGGCGGUGGGACGUGAUCACUACGACUACCUCCCCAUCACUAACCUACGAGGGAAGAUCCUUAUUGACGUCUCCAACAACACCGAGAGGCGUAGGGGUCCACAUUACCGGAGCAAUGCAGAGUACCUACAGGGGCUGGUGCCGGAGGCCAAGGUGGUGAAGGGCUUCAACGUGCUCUCUGCUUAUGCUCUCGAGAACGGCGGCCUUCAGGGGAGCAAGGAAGUAUUCCUGGCCAGUGACCACAUAGAUGCCAAGGCCAAGGUAUCAGACUUAGUUCGGAUGAUGGGAUUCCACCCUGUAGACUGGGGGAGCCUCCAAGCGUCCCGUGACAUAGAGGACGUCCCCUUGCACCUCAUGCCGUCCUGGAAGCGUCCCGUUGCUGUCGUGUUUGGAGUCUUCCUCUUCUUGUGGCUGCUGGCUCUCUUCUCGUUCCAGAUCUGUCCCAACAUCGCUUCUGGUGAGUGGACUGAAAAAUGGAGCCACAUUGCCAUGAAGAACUUCAACAGAGUUCUUGCCAUCACUGCUAUCUGGAUCCUCUCCUUCUGCUACAUCCCAGGUCUGAUAGCGUCUUACAUCCAACUGUGGAGAGGAACCAAGUACAGCAGGUUCCCCAAGUGGCUGGAUGACUGGCUCAAGAUGAGGAAGCAACUGGGACUCCUGAUGCUGGGACUUGCAAGCUUACAUGCCUGCAUCUCUGUGGCGUACGUGACCCCUCAGACGACAUCCUGGGUGUACGAGGAUCCCGUUAAGGUUCAAGCACAGGUGAUAGUGGAUGAGAAUACCACCACUACCGACACCAUCACUAUCUACAACGAUGAAUUCAACUGGCGAGGAGAGCUUUUCCUCACUAUGGGAGCCAUUGCCAUGUGUCUGACGAUUGUACUGGGGAUAUCGUCUCUACCUUCCGUCACUGCUACAUUAUCCUGGCGGGAGUUUACCUUCAUACAGAGUAAACUUGGCUGGGUAGCGUUGAUUUGUGCCGCCGCUCACGACAUCUUCCUAGCCUGGCAGUUUAUGUUCCUCUACUGGGGAUGUUUCAGAACACUCCCUAUUGGCCCACAGUAUGCCCUGUACCCUCCAUUCAUCGCUGUCAUCAUGAAAAUACCCUUACUGCUCCCACCUGUUGACAAUUACCUGCAGAAAAUCAGAAAGGGAUAUGAACGUGGUAGUCAGUAUGAAGUGAGGAAGUCUGAAGUAGCUUAGAGUAUGUCUUAAACAGUACAGUACCACCAUGCUCAUACUUACCUUGGCCUACAGUGAUCACUCUACCUUGUAAAGAACUGUGAUGUGUGUCUCAGCUUUGUGUAGGUAGGACUUAAGAAGGCAAGGAAAAGUAUUUGUAGUUUAAGGACACAAUAAUUUUAAAAGAGUUUUUAAUAUGAGCUUCUGUUGGUUGAAAGUAACAGGUACUUAACUACAAACUAUGUGAAGAAUUAUUUUUAUCUUGUUUUUAGAGAUAUUGAUGAACCAUGACCUAUUUUAUCUCUUCCGCUUAUGAUAUUCUUCUGUGUUUGACUUAGACCGUUGCCAUAGGGCUUUUGUGUUGUAUACAGAACGUUUACAUAUAUCAAUCAGUUGGAGUACCAUCCUUAUAUCUGAGGGUUGACGACCACAGUCCUCUACUCUAAAUGUUCUUGGGCUGUUUUGACCAAUCCUCUUAAGAUUUUGUAUCUCUGGGGACCCAUUUUUUUUAUUUCAUUCACCCAUCCCAGUCUCAGUCUUCCCCUGGCCCUCCACCCUAGUCUCUACCUUCC